GAGAGGAGGGAAGAGGUGCAGGGCGCGGUCCCUGUCAUUGAUCCGGGCUACUUCCCUCAAUGUUCCCUCUCUUCCUUCCCUCUUAGGGCGGAUUGGCCCUCGCUUCUUUCCCUUGUCUAUGCGAAAGACCGAGCCGGAAGUCGGGCAGAAAGGGCGGCGCGGACGAGAGGCAAAGCUUAAACCGGGCGUUCCCGGAGAGAAAAGGGCUUUCGAGGGAGGGAGAGAGAGAGGGAAGAGCGCCUUUUCCUCUUCGUGGCCACCCGAGAGCGACCCCAGCAUGGAAGCUGUCGCCAAAUACGACUUCAAAGCCACCGCGGACGAUGAGCUCAGUUUCAAACGGGGAGAUAUUCUGAAGGUUUUGAAUGAAGAAUGUGAUCAAAAUUGGUACAAGGCAGAACUCAAUGGCAAAGAUGGCUUCAUUCCCAAAAAUUAUAUAGAAAUGAAACCACAUCCGUGGUUUUUUGGGAAGAUUCCUCGAGCAAGGGCUGAGGAGAUGUUGGGUAAACAAAGACAUGAUGGUGCCUUCCUCAUCAGGGAGAGUGAAAGUGCUCCUGGUGAUUUCUCCCUCUCAGUCAAAUUCGGAAAUGAUGUGCAGCACUUCAAGGUGCUUCGAGACGGUGCGGGCAAGUAUUUCCUCUGGGUGGUAAAAUUCAAUUCUCUGAAUGAGCUGGUAGACUAUCACAGAUCAACCUCUGUCUCCAGGAACCAACAGAUAUUCCUCCGAGACAUUGAGCAAGUGCCUCAGCAACCAUCAUACGUACAGGCUCUUUUUGAUUUCGACCCUCAGGAGGAGGGAGAGCUGGGCUUUCGCCGCGGAGACUUUAUCCAGGUCCUUGACAAUUCUGACCCCAACUGGUGGAAAGGAGCCUGCCAUGGACAAACAGGCAUGUUUCCACGCAACUACGUUACCCCUGUGAACCGGAACAUCUAGAGCAGAUGGCUAAAGAUUAUUUAAGGAAAGAGGAAAAAACAGUACAGUCCACAUUCAGAACCGAACAGCAGCCAGAGAUCUCCAGUCAUCAGGCCAUAAAACUGAAUCCCCUCAGGUCUGCAUGAGGGGGAACACUUUUUUUCACUCAGAAUGGAACUUUGUGGGGAGGGGACAGGAGAAGGGUCCAACUUAUGCACCAAAACUUUUCUUUAAAUUAAAAUGGAUAUUAACAGA